GUGUGGAAGGAAGCUUCGCUAGUUUCUCCCCAAUUCCGUCGGUGUAGCUUCCUACUGCCACUAUAAAUGUAUAAAUAAUAAAAUCCACUGACCCAAUCCGAUCCUCAUCUCUUGAUCUCUUCUCACUAUCAACGUCAACCAUCAGGAUUUGGUUGUUUGAUAAUAAUUUCCAAUGGCUUCGCCCACUCUAAUCUCCGACACCGACGCGUGGAAGGACUUGAAGGGCCAUGUUGAGGAGACAAAGAAGACUCAUUUACGUGAUUUGAUGGGUGAUGUUGACCGAUGCAAGUCAAUGACGGUAGAGUUUGAUGGGAUGCUGUUGGACUACUCACGGCAGCGUGCCACUCUUGAAACCAUAGAUAAGCUCUUCAAGUUGGCACAGGUUGCACAUCUCAAAGAAAAGAUUAACCAUAUGUACACUGGGGAGCGUAUAAACAGCACAGAGAAUAGGCCAGUACUUCAUGUAGCCCUUCGUGCUUCAAGGGAUGCUGUUAUACAGAGUGAUGGGAAGAAUGUGGUUCCCGAGGUCUGGAAAGUUCUGGACAAGAUCCAGGAGUUUUCUGAGAGGGUCCGCAGUGGUUCUUGGGUUGGAGCAACAGGAAAAGCACUGAAGGAUGUCAUUGCUGUUGGUAUUGGUGGCAGCUUCUUGGGUCCUCUAUUUGUACAUACUGCCCUUCAAACAGAACCAGAGGCUAUUGAAUCUGCAAGGGGACGCCAGCUGCAUUUUCUUGCAAAUGUUGAUCCUAUUGAUGUCGCUAGAAAUAUCACAGGAUUAAAUCCCGAAACUACGCUUGUUGUUGUGGUUUCAAAGACUUUUACGACAGCUGAAACUAUGCUGAAUGCCCGAACUCUUAGGGAAUGGAUUUCAGCUGCUCUUGGGCCCUCUGCUGUUGCAAAGCAUAUGGUAGCCGUUAGUACUAACCUGACGCUUGUGGAGAAGUUUGGCAUUGACCCUAAUAAUGCUUUUGCAUUCUGGGACUGGGUCGGUGGCCGCUAUAGUGUUUGCAGUGCUGUUGGAGUGUUGCCGUUAUCUCUCCAAUACGGUUUCUCAGUUGUUGAGAAGUUCUUAAAGGGAGCCUCAAGUAUUGAUCAGCAUUUCUACUCAGCACCCUUUGAGAAAAAUAUACCUGUGCUUCUAGGUUUGUUGAGUGUAUGGAAUGUUUCGUUUUUUGGAUAUCCUGCAAGAGCCAUUUUACCUUAUUCCCAAGCCUUGGAGAAGUUGGCCCCACAUAUUCAACAGGUUAGCAUGGAAAGUAAUGGCAAAGGUGUAUCAAUUGAUGGUGUGCCACUUCCUUUUGAGGCUGGUGAAAUUGACUUUGGUGAACCAGGAACAAAUGGUCAGCAUAGCUUUUACCAACUAAUUCACCAGGGACGUGUUAUUCCUUGUGAUUUUAUUGGUGUUGUGAGGAGUCAGCAACCUGUCUACCUGAAAGGUGAGCCAGUGAGUAACCACGAUGAGCUCAUGUCUAACUUUUUUGCACAGCCAGACGCCCUUGCAUAUGGAAAGACCGAAGAGCAGUUGCAUAAAGAGAAUGUCCCACCACAUCUUAUUCCUCAUAAAACUUUUUCUGGCAAUCGGCCUUCUUUCAGCCUUCUGCUCCCAUCAUUAAAUGCUUAUAAUAUUGGACAGUUGUUGGCCAUCUAUGAGCACAGGAUUGCUGUAGAAGGUUUCAUAUGGGGUAUCAAUUCUUUUGACCAAUGGGGAGUUGAGUUAGGGAAGUCACUGGCUACUCAAGUCAGAAAGCAAAUUAAUGCAUCUCGUUCAAAGGGAGAACCAGUGGAGGGCUUCAAUUUUAGCACUACGACACUGUUAUCAAGAUAUCUUGAGGCAAGUGCAGAUGUCCCUGCUAAUCCUCCUACUACCCUUCUGCCAAAGAUAUAAUUGCUUUUGCUGAGAACUUCUGGGCUUUCAAGUUGGGAGAACUCAUGGCAUCAACCUCGUGUGUCAGCUGUUGUAUGGACAUCAUUUAACUUCUUGUCAAUAUCGAGUCAGAUGAGCUCUUGAUAUCAACCUAAUAAUCGGUACCUUCACACGUGAUUUUGCCAAUGUUGUUCAAUAUAAACUGCUAUGUGUGGUGUGGUCUCUUCAAUAAGUUCAAUAAAUAUGUGUGUCAUCUACUUUUUGGUUAUUAAGAUGAGACUACCGGAAAGAUGGGAUGACCAUAAAGGUCUCAAUAAACCCUACAUUUGAAUCUCA